UCGCACUGCCAAAUUGCUAUAAGUCAAAAUAUAGGGUAGUCGGGCGGUUGACUCGUUCGUGGAGCACUCGGCGCGCGUGUCUCCGUACUAUCGUCUUCUACCAGCAAGUUAGUGCUGCGUGCGCGUGCGACUCACGCUGCUGGGAUUAUACGCGUCCUGAACACUCGAGCCAACGGGCCAAUGCACCGUCACUGGAGGCCUUUGUAGUCAUUUGUUUUAUACAGGCAUCAAACUUUGUGUGAUAACAUGGGGUGCAGUGGAAGAUAUUAUUUUCUGACUCUUGUUUUGUGCGUUGUGACUGAACUUGCGAUCGGUGUGAGAGUGGUGCCCAAGAGAAAGAAAGAAGCUAUAAGCACAGCUGACGAUCAAUCAACAUCUGCAUCAUGGUGGCAGGCUGGCACCGCUACACCGUUCCGCGAGAGCUCCAGCAGCGCCUUCUCGUCCACCCACGGACUCGUGCAAACUCACCCUUCAGGCAGCGACCCCUUUGCCUCCUUUGGUAGCAUUGGUAGUACAUCUGGACCUUCUUCUAACCCAUUCGCGUCCAGCGGCAGCGGUCCGUUAAGCGGUGGCGUUCGAAACAACCCUCUGCCAUCUUUGGCGAGGAAUGCCAACGGGAAACCUUCCCUGAAACAUCUGGACUUCACAAGCAGUGCGACAGCUGAACUGAGGAGGAACCCAGCUCUGUCAGCCCCUGAUGAGUGCGCUCGUGCUUGCCGAGAGAAUGAACCACCAAGGAUUUGCUACUACCACUUCACUCUUGAGUUGUACACGGUUUUGGGAGCGGCGUGUCAAGUAUGUACACCAAACGCUACGAAUGUGGUAUGGUCGCACUGCCAAUGUGUGUUGGCUGAUGGUGUCGAACGUGGAAUCCUCACAGCAAACAGAAUGUUGCCGGGACCGUCCAUCCAAGUGUGCGAGAACGACAAAGUUGUCAUCGAUGUAGAAAAUCACAUGGAAGGUAUGGAAGUGACCAUUCACUGGCACGGAAUCUGGCAACGAGGCUCUCAGUACUACGACGGUGUGCCUUUUGUAACGCAGUGCCCCAUCCAGCAAGGAAAUACUUUCAGAUAUCAAUGGCAAGGUAACGCAGGUACCCACUUCUGGCACGCUCAUACUGGACUUCAAAAGCUUGAUGGUUUAUAUGGCAGUAUCGUCGUACGUCAACCUCCUUCCAAAGACCCCAACAGUCAUCUCUACGAUUACGAUUUGACUACCCACGUAAUGCUACUUAGUGAUUGGUUGCACGAGGAUGCCGCGGAGAGGUACCCAGGUCGUCUUGCUGUCAACACUGGUCAGGAUCCCGAGAACGUGCUGAUUAACGGAAAGGGUCAAUUCAGAGAUCCCAACACUGGCUUCAUGACUAACACACCCCUGGAAGUGUUCACGAUCACGCCCGGAAGACGUUACAGAUUCAGAAUGAUCAACGCUUUCGCGUCGGUGUGCCCUGCUCAAGUCACUUUCGAAGGCCACAAUUUAACUGUUAUUGCGACUGACGGCGAACCUGUCCAUCCGGUACAAGUAAACACCAUCAUCUCGUUCUCAGGCGAACGAUACGACUUUGUAAUCGAAGCGAACAACAUUCCUGGAGCUUACUGGAUCCAGGUCCGAGGUCUCGGCGAGUGCGGUAUUAAGAGAGCCCAACAAUUAGGUAUUCUCCGAUACGCCAGAGGACCCUACCAGCCUUCUUCGCAACCACCUACUUACGAUGUCGGCAUUCCUCAAGGAGUGGUGAUGAACCCGCUGGACGCGAGGUGUAAUAUAACCAGGAACGAUGCUAUUUGCGUCAGUCAGCUCAAGAACGCCAAGCACAUUGACCCAGCUAUCCUACAAGAAAGGCCUGAUGUUAAAAUCUUCUUGCCUUUCCGUUUCUUCGUCUAUAGGCCCGAGAUGUUGUUCCAGCCGAAUACUUAUAACAGAUAUUUAGUUGCUCCUGGAGGAGAUCACGUGAUCAGUUUAAUAGACGAGAUUUCAUACAUGGCACCGCCAGCGCCUCUGAUCAGUCAGUAUGAUGACAUUAACCCUGAACAGUUCUGCAACGGUGACAACCGUCCGGCCAAUUGUGGACAGAAUUGCAUGUGCACACACAAGGUCGAUAUACCUCUUAAUGCUGUUGUCGAAGUUGUGUUAGUAGAUGAAGUUCAAAUCGCAAACUUAUCUCACCCGUUCCACUUGCACGGAUACGCCUACAACAUCAUCGGUAUCGGCCGGUCACCUGACCAGAACGUGAAGAAGAUUAACCUGAAGCACGCUCUCGACCUCGAUAGAAGAGGUCUGCUCGAGCGUCACCUGAAACAAGGAGACCUCCCUCCAGCGAAGGACACCAUCGCUGUGCCGAACAACGGCUACGUCAUUAUCCGUUUCAGAGCCAACAACCCUGGCUUCUGGUUGUUCCACUGCCACUUCUUGUUCCACAUUGUAAUCGGCAUGAACCUCGUCCUGCAAGUGGGCACUCAGGCCGACCUUCCUCCUGUACCUCCCAACUUCCCCACAUGCGGCGACCACCUCCCUCCCAUCUCGCUCCACUAAAUUGGUUCCUAGAAAAUUGCCCAGUUUUUGCAUGUGCAAACAAAAGUACAGCACACAGCUAUGUACAGUUGAUUUAAAUAUGUUAACUAAGUGUAAAUUUAUGUUUGUUUUGUGUGAUGUGUCCGGUGGAUUCGAAGUGCUCGAUUCUGCCGUUUGUGUUUAUUUUUUUACAAGAGUGAUUCAAUGGGAGUUAAUGAUGGUUUGUGAUUUUAUUUAACAAUGGAUGCACUCUCUCUGCGAGUUGACUUCAAUUUUAAUUUUAUGCCAUAUUCGGUGAUAUUUUCUUAAUUACGUUAUAAUUAUUGAUAUCGCCAAUAAUAUGUACUUUGAGGCUCUUGAA